AUGGACGAACCAUUUCGCAAAAGACCGCGUCUCUCCCUGUUCGCCAGCCGAUCCUCCGGCCCUAGCCUUGACAACGAGCUGAACAACAGACGGCUAACUAAUGACCUCUUACUGAAAUCGCGUUUCGAAUCGAUCUUCGAAAAGUACUCUCACGACUUUUCUGGUGUCGGUGACGAAAUAGAUAUGGAGACUAUGUCAAUAGUAGUCAAUAACGGCCAUGUGCAGUCAAUGGAAAAUGAGACAGAUCCAGGGGGCGCGCACAAUACCAAAGGAAAAUCGUUGUUGAGAGCAAUGUCCAAGGUUGAAGAGGGUGAAGGCGGCUACUUUGACGAAGGCGCUGACGAUGUCAUCAUGAGCAUCGAGGAAAUCGCCGAGAAUGCUGCCAUGGCAGAUGACGACCAAGGAAUGGGAACAGUGGACAGCGACGAAGAGCUAUUUGUUCCUUUCCAUGCUCGCGAGGCUUACAUUACACCUUCUGAUUCUCAGCAAAGUCAGAAUACCGUCCAAUCCAGCUUAGUCGACUCCGACAAUGACUCGCUAUUCGGAGGGCAAAAUCGGCCAGACAGGUCAACAAGUCCUGAUUCUUUGUUCGAAGUUCAAUUUCAAGAAUCGCCUAAGCCUGAGACCACAGAUACGCUACUUCCAUUUGAAGAUCUUAACGAUGAGGUGGAUGAAAAUGCUAUCCUUGAGAAGUUUGGACCCAAGCUUGGGCCGGAGGUGUUGAAAAUUAUGCAAAGAGCCAGAAAUGUCGCUGUUCAAGCCCAUAUCGAGCCAGCCUGGCGAAUCCCGACAGAUCUCGUCCCUUCAGAACUGCCCAGAUCUGUUUCGCUGUCCAAGAUGGCGUCUGUCCCUCUUUCUGCCUUGGAAGUCCAACGGACUGCCUCCCCGACAGCUUCCAAGUCUCUUUGGAAGUGCAGUAGUAACCGGUCAACCAAGAGAACCGCGCGUCAAGCUCUCGAGAGGCGAUACGGUCGAGCCGAGUCAGUGGAUCCGCUUCAAGAAGAAUUUUCCAAUCGCCAGGAUGCAAAAGAACACAGCCCUGACAGCGAGGCAGUGUCGGAAGGGGAAGACGAGGAGCAAAGAAUGGCCAAAAGGAAAAACGAGGACGACGAGCAGAUCUUGCGGAUGAGGAAAGGAGCUUGUUUUUAUUGCUCUCGCAAGUGGGCCGGGAGGGCAGGUGUCUUCAAGCACUGGGCUCAAUUGGCAAAAGAUUAUGACAGGGGCAAAAUAGAUGACGACGACGUGCAUGAUCUGGAGUACAUCCACUUGUAUGUGGCAUACAGCAUUAAGACGGCCCGUCCGCCGAGACUCACCCUUUCCGAUUUCAAGACCUUGGUUGAACUACAUGACGGCGCAGGGCUGUCCUUCAAUGAGAUUGCCGAGUGCCGAGCCCUUCGAACACACAAAACUGGAAUUGCUCUCAACGAUGUUUACGACAGACAUCGAACACGACCAGGUCAUCUCGAUCAUGAUUCAAGGAAAUGGUCGCAGAAGGAAUUAGACGCCCUGGAGGAGCUUUGUCAGAACCCAAAACGAGAUAUUGGUGCGCUUCGGUCGCAUUUUAAACAUCGCAACCAUAGCGAGAUAGGAGAUAAAUUGGCCGAAAUCUGGUUGGCAGCUCUCCGGAGUUCGGUUCAAACAUCACCUACCGCACCAAGAAAGCGGACAAAUACUGGGCCACAACCAUCUGGUGUGUGCCGGAAGGAACAUAGGCAGCAGGGAGAGUUGCCGCCAAGCGCUCCAUUUAUCAAAGUGGAGCCCGAUUCCGAUGAAGAGCUGUCUGGUCGAAGAUAG